CACCCACCAAAAGCCAAGCCCUAACACAAUUCCUCUCACACUCCAAUUUUCUCAGCAUUGAGUCCAUCCAGCCCAAGGUCAGCAACCAAACCCAACCUCGAGGCCACAAAUCAUCUCACAAUGUCCGCACAAUCCCCCAAGCGCCCCAAGCAGCCAAUGCAGCCCGACCAGGCCCCAGCCUCACAAACCCACGCUGACCAAGGCCCCGCCAAACGCAAGGCAAUGGAACAACCUCAAGACGACCGGCGCCCAGCACGACCCGGUACUCUUCCCUUCCUGUGGAACCUACCUACCAUACCUUCUCUCCCCAUUUUCAACGCCGACUCGACUCCCGUCAUGUCUGAUGACGAGUAUGAACACGAACUUGAGCUCGAGAACGACGAGAUGAUAGAUGAACUUCAGGAGGUCGAGGAGCAGCUGCAUGAGGCAAAGAAGAAGAUUGCCGCCCUUGAGAAACGUUUGAGGACCUACCAAGUCAUUGUUCUCCCGAUGGACUACCAAAUUAAUACAGAAACUGCCGAGGAGUCUGGAAACGAAAAGAGUACAGCUGAGCGUGAGGCGGAGGCUCUCAAGGCCAUGUACGAAGAAAAGGAAGAGGACAACCACAAGAAUGAUGACGAGGACAAGAUUGACAUCUUCCGUGCGGUCUUUAAGGAUAUCGAAUGGGCAGUGGAGGAACAUCACAGACUCGUGCAUCAAGCCCUGGAGGAAAUUGAGAGCGGGCGCACUGGACCGGCGGGCAGAUCUGCUGGCUACAAGCCAGGGCAACUUCACCUGUAUAUAUUGGACAAGUCUCAAUUCACCCUUGGCGUCGAUGUUAGUGGGCUGAAGGACCUCUUUGAAGAGAUUGUGGAGGAGAAACGCGAGUGUGGGGAUCCCCAUGACACGGUCCUUUACCAAUUCCAGCUUGCGAAAACCCAAGCUCCAUCAACACCUUUCUCAGUUGAUCCUCGGCUGGUUGAUGACGCCUACAAGUUCCAGAACCUGAGUGUUGAACUUGAUCAGACCAAGGAGAAGUUGCGCGAGGCGGAGAAUAGGAUUGCUGAGCUAGCGAUCGACAACCAAACCAUACAGGAAGAUCUAAAAAACGUCAGAGAGCUUCUCGGCGUUGACAGGGAUGACGAAAGUUCUGCCAAGAUGCAGCUGAGGGUUUACGAGGACUCAGUGAAGUGCCUCGAGGCUACUUUGAGAGGCAUGGAUUCUGCUUUGCGAGACAUGGGCACGGCCUUGAACGGAUCCAUUCCCAGAUCAAAGAUCGCGAACUACAGAUCCAUCCUCGACAAGAUUCACCAAUGCCACAUGGAGAACACACUUGCUGUCAGUUCUAUUCUCACUUAUGACAGAGAGAGGCGCAACAAUCCUAGAAUCAACGAGCAGGUUAACAAACUGAAUGAAGCGACUUGUGAUAUCACUUCCCACUUCAACGCCCUGUAUGACGCUCUUGAGUCCGAUCUUGCGGAGAGCAGUAUCUCCAGCGUCUAG